GAGCUCGGCAGGUGAGACCACCUCACAGAGCCUCACUUACACCUCACAGAGUAACACAGAGCUGGGUACUUAAUGCUUUGACCCUAGAAAGAACAUAAUAGUAGAAGAUAGAUGAUAGUUUGACUCAAGUGUUUAAGGAAGCUUGAAGAACCCUGGAGGCCCAAAGGUGUUACUGUACAAUCUGUAGUGCACUUUACCCCAUAGCAUGUGUGCCUUACAACAUAUUAGAGAGCCCCCUAGGGGAAGGCAUGUGUGGGGGCAAUGCCAUAAUACUCUGAGCAUAUGUUUUGCAUGAGGCACACACAUGGCCUAUAGUAUACUCGUUAGGUAACCAGUGUAUACACCCUAAUAAAUAAUCUGUAAACAUGCACACUGAAUAGACCAAUCAUGUUAGAUCAGCGUGCACAUGAAGAGGAGGUAUAACUUCACCUGGCAAGGCGGUUCUCCACUGAUUGCACAAGCUCUGAGUCACUUGAUGAAAACAGGGAUUAGUCCUGAUUAGCUGGAUGCUCCGCUAGCAUCAGUGUGUUUUAUGUUCCAAAGUGAAUUUUUUGGUAAAUAAAAUUAUGAUUUUAACUAAAGUACUACAUUUGGGGUUUUUUUUGUUUUUUUUUUUUUAAAAAAAGGUCAUAUUUGAUUUGCCCAAAUUGCUAAUGCAAUGGCCUUUUUGUCACUGAAUUUGAUUACUGGUUUUAAUUUGAAUCAUUUGGAAGCCUUACAAAGUAUGUGGUAAUAAUGUUAUACACCCCUACAGUAUGAUAUCUUUUUUCAUGUUUAAUUAAAAGUCAUCUCUCAUGUCCAGCAUGUAUCCAAAUAGUUUUAAAAAUUUAUUGUAAAUUAAAGAUAGACAUACAAUGUAACAGCACACAGUCUAUGAAAAGUUCUUAUUCUGUCUAUCUCCAUCUAGAGGUGAAAUAAUAGAAUUUACAGAUGAACACAAAAAUUCCUUUAUGGUUUUGUUUUAUUAUUUAUUUAUGGAGUGAAAAUAUUCCUCAAUUUAGCCGGUGUUCAUGAGAUUAAAUAAAUAAAUAUUUUGUGUAGGUUGAGUGUGUUUGAACCCAGUUUGUUUUGGUGUGUUUGAACCCAGAAUUCACUUUCCCUCCAGAUCCAGACAGACAGAUAAAUAAAAUGGAGAAAUAAAAUGUGAGUGGUGUGUGACUGCAUGGCAUCUGUAAAAGCCUUUAUUGUUAAAAAUGUCACUGAAAUGAAAAGGUCACAGUGAUGUGAGAGAGAAAAAGGGAGGAAGGGGUAAGGACAGAGGGGCUAGUGUUUAGGGAAUAAACAGAGUGGGUCUUUACACAGAGAGUGUAGGUGUAGACAGCAAGAGAAAGCGAGAGAGAGAGAGAAAGAAAGAGAAAGACAGAGACUGAAAGACAACACAGAGGAUGGAGUUAGAAAUCGCUUUUGGACACAGACAACAGAGCGGGAUGAUGGAACAGGACAGAGUGAGUCAAGCCUCCAGCGUGGUUACAGUUUCAUCAACCAGAGACAAGGUUGACAAGAAACUGCAAUCGUUCUGUAAAAGGUCUCGCUCAGUGCAGCGAGAUCCGAACUGUGCAGUAGUAAUCAGAGGCUGGCUUUAUAAAAGAGACAGUACAGGGCUGAAGCUGUGGAAGAGGAGAUGGUUUGUUUUGUCUAACUACUGUCUCUUUUACUAUAAAGACAGUAGGGAGGAAUGUGUGUUAGGAAGUCUUCCUCUCCCCAGCUAUAAGAUUUUCUUCUGCUCUCCAAGAGAGUGUAAGAACAGGAAGUAUGCGUUUAAGGUGGUUCAUCAGGGAAUGCGUUCAUAUUUGCUCAGUGCUGAUACUCAGGAGGACAUGCUGGGUUGGGUCAGAGCUCUCAGCCAGUCAGCAUGCAUGGAGACUGAUGACCUCAUUAACAGACGCUGCUCCAGCUAUCACGACUUCUCUCAGAUAGGGGGCAGCACUGAGUCAGUGAACCCCCUGCAUGUGUACAGGACCCACAGCAAACCAUCUCAUUGUACUUUGGGGAGCGUGGACAUGGCGGAUCACAGAGGCAGACAAAGAGCUACAUACAGUUCUGAUACUCGAACCCGGUCUCUGAGUUUGGACCGCACAGGUGAAGAUCACAUCCUAUGUCAGGGGUCAGUUCCAUCGACCCCCAGAAGUCAUUAUGAGUCACGACCUCGCAGCCCACUGGGCAGAGUUGACCUACGACCUCAGGUUUAUUCCACACACUACUCACCUGUACAUAAAGCAGAAAGCAAGGAGAUCCGUUCUGAUCAGCUGCCCCCCUUACCCUCCUCCAGAAUUACCCACAAUCCUCUAGGCCCUCUCCCUCACAGCACUUCUUCUGUGUGCGGGUUUCCAUCAAGUACGUGUGAGAAAGAGAUGCGCACACUCACAGCACUACAGGGAGAUACAGAUAUGGUUCUGACUUGUUUGUGUGGGUGUGAUAAAGUACUACAGACUCUCUCUGUAGAACUGGAUCUCCUACAACAGGAUAAGGAGCAUGCUGAGUUUGCCUUGGAUAUGUCUCGUAUAGAGCUGGGCAAGGGACAGUUGAAUGUACAGCACAUAUCCCAGAAGGCUUUGCUGCAGGAGGAGCUGGUCACCAUAAGAGCCAGAAUGUGUGACAUAUCACGGGAGAUGGAGAGGGUGUGGUUGGACUACAAGAGGAUGGAGAGUGAACUGUGUGUGUUUCGUUCUCACCUGCAGCACAUCUGCCAUUUUGGACUUGCACAGGAACGCUCCCUGGCACAGAAGCAGAUCUGGAUGAUGGAUGAUAUUCUGAGUGGUCUGAAGCCUAAUAGGAGUCGAUUUAAAGCACUGAUGGCUUUACACACACCGACAAUGUUUCCACUCCUGCACAACUCAUCCCUCCAUCCAGAAGAAAGUGUGCACCUCUGGGGGGAGGAGUUAGAACCACCAGCUCGCCCCCCUUUACCUCUGGAGUUGGACAGCACCAAUAAGAGCACAAAUCUGAGACCUGAGUGGGGAGAGCCAAAUUACACACUGGUGUGCAACCCUGCUACAAUCAACACACACUCCUCUACACAAACCAAAACACACACAGCAGAGUCUCAGUCAUUGUGUUUAGGGGAGGAGUCUGAUCAUUCUAAAGAGAUGGUCUGGAGGUUUGAACAGAAAAAAAUGCAUAAUAAGAGGAGCCGAAGCCCAGAUUAUCAGAUGAACAUGGCUGAUAAACCCCACCCACUCACUGAGUCCUCUCCUGUGUGUCUGAUGCGUGUGAUGAGGGCGGAGCUUCCUUCAGCUCUCACUGCACAGAGAGUGUGUGUGGAGGAAUCAAACCCUGAGGAGGACAAACUAAACACACUGAAUUAUAAACAAGAAGAACAGAGUGAUAAUAAUGAUAACGUUGAUGUCUGUGUUGUAAACAGAGAAUCUGAUUUAGCCAUGCCAUCUGAACAAAGACACGCUAAACUGAAACGAGUGGAACGCAUCAGAGAGAGAGUACUGAAGAGUGCUUUGAGACGGAGCGACUCUGCUCAUCCUUUGAAAUUCAUUGAUAUCGGAGGAUCUGUUAAUCAUUGUCAAAGGUCCACAGAUUCCCUGCACACUGAUAGAGUUUGUAUCCAUGGCAACAUGUGGAUGACUGAGAGUGAUGUACCUGAAGCACCACCCUCACUCAGUGACAUCAAGCCUUCACCAACCAAUCACAUUUCGACACUCACGAUAAACAACAUGGUGUCUGAGGAAACAGAUCAGAGUGUGAACUGCUCCACUUCUACCAAUCGGAGGGCAGAAUGGUUUCUCUCCACCAAUCACUGGCAAGAGUUCAUUCCCCUCAACAUUCAAGAAGAGGAGCUUUCACCAACCAAUCAGCGUUCAGACACAUCAACCAAUCAGGUUUCAGAGCUGUCAACCAAUCAAACUCACGUUAGAGGAAAGUUGAACAUGACUACAUCAUUAGUCCCCAUGGAAACACUUGAUCAAAACAAUUCUGACCAUACAGGAAGGGAGCUGUGCAUCUAUGAGGAAAUUCAGUAUAAAGCUCCAGAAUCAGCCAUAGAGGAGAAUGAGAGUGUAGUUGGUGGAGCCAAAGCCCACCAAUCAAACCUUUCCACCAAUCACAGUGAUGACUCUCAUCUGUCUGUCAAUCAGCAUGCAUCAUUAGAGGUUGGGGGCAGGGAGAGUAGAGCCACUAGAGAAGAAGUGGCAAAAGAGGCAGGAAGUGACAUCAUUAUCAGUGCCAAAACUAAACAACCAAUUUACAGUUGUUGGAAUAAGAACUCAGUAACCAACCCCAGUGAUUCCUUUCUCAAACCGCGGGUAACUGUGGUGAGCACCAGCCUAUAGGGAGAGAUGAUUACAUCAUCACAACAAUAAUAAUAAUAAUAAUAAUAAUAAUAAUAAUAAUAAUAUUUGCUUUAAAGUGUUUGCUCCUCACAUUUGCUUUAUAAUUAUUAUUUUUUUUAAAUAUUACACAUAACCGCUAAUGUAAUUUUGUAUAAAUCUGAAAAACUCCACCUGUUUAAACAAAAACCCAACUUAUUUAUUUAUUUUAAUAUUAUCUGUUUAUUUUACAUUUUAUUUUCAUUCGUUUGUGUUUUAUGAAUUUGAGUUUAUGUUAAUUGUGUUGUGUGUUCAUCUUUAACAGUUUAUACUCAAUUAAAUGUCGACUCGUUAAUGAGAAUGAUUCACUAACGAACACGAUCCUUUUUAUUAUUUAGAUUUUAAAAUGUUACAUUUAUUUUCAAUCCCUGAAAGUCACAAUUUAACUGCUGUUGUAUUGUUUGUACAUUUUAGUUAUAGCUAUGAAUCCCACUGAACAUGCGUUUAUGACCUCAAUCACGCUUAAGCCAGUAGUGGAUAAAAAAUGUUACAGAAGUUAUGAUUGUUCAUUAUGAGCUCCUGUUUCAGCUUUUCAGACUGAAAGAGAUUGAGAUUGAUGCUAAUGUGUGCUUUUCAUGUGUAAAAGUACAUCACAAAUAUCAUACAUCCUUUUUUAUAUUAAACUUUAGUGUGGUGAACUGGCCAAGUUCAGUUGUCCAGCCUUAAGUUGUCCAAGUUCAGUUGUCUUGGCCAAGUUCCAUUGUCCAAGUUCAGUUGUCCAAUGAAAUGGAAAUGUGUUGGGCAUCUCAAUAUCUGACUGGUUACUAGUUACAGAUCUGAUGUUUGGGGUUGUAGAGAGAUGAGAAUAAAUAAAUAACAAUUAUGCAAUAAAUAAA